GCUGACGGCGGGAGCGGCGCGGAGCGGGCCGGGCGGCGGCGGCGGCGAUGCGGCCGUGCUGAGGCUCCGCGGGUGCCCAUGAGGCGCCGGGCAGAGCUGAGCCGAGCCGGGCGGGCUCCAGCCAUGCAUCCCGCUGCGCCCGCGGGCACAUGGGGCAGCGCUUGAACCGCUGCCUCGAUGUCCCCGUGGCGCUGCCGCCGCUGAGGCGGAGGCUGCUGCUGCUCUUCAUCAUGCUCUUCCUCUGGCUCUAUAUGUUCUACUCGUGCGCCGGCUCCUGCGCCGGGCUGACGAUCCGCGGUUCACCCGCGCCGUCCCGCGCCGCCCCGCCGCUGCUGCCGGGAGAGCCGGGCGAGGAGAGCAGCCUGGAGGAGCAGCGGGCAGCGCCCGACGCCGGCAGCCCCAUCUCCAGCCUCUUCAACGGCUCCGGUACCAAGCGGCUGCCGCAGGCCAUCAUCAUCGGCGUGAAGAAGGGCGGGACGCGGGCGCUGCUGGAGUUCCUGCGGGUGCACCCCGACGUGCGCGCCGUCGGUGCCGAGCCCCACUUCUUCGACCGCAACUACGAGCGGGGACUCGCCUGGUACAGGGACCUGAUGCCCAAGACACUGGAGGGGCAGAUCACCAUGGAGAAGACCCCCAGCUACUUUGUCACCAAGGAGGCCCCAGCCCGCAUCUCCUCCAUGUCCAAGGGCACCAAGCUCAUCGUGGUGGUGCGGGACCCCGUGACCAGAGCCAUCUCGGACUACACCCAGACGCUCUCCAAGAAGCCUGACAUCCCCACCUUUGAGAGCCUGACCUUCAAAAACAGGACUACGGGCCUGAUCGACACCUCGUGGAGCGCCAUCCAGAUUGGCAUCUACGCCAAGCACCUGGAGAACUGGCUCCUCCACUUCCCCAUCGGGCAGAUCCUCUUUGUCAGCGGGGAGAGGCUGAUCAGCGACCCCGCGGGGGAGCUGGGCAGGGUCCAGGACUUUCUGGGCCUCAAGAGGAUCAUCACGGACAAACACUUCUACUUCAACAAAACCAAGGGCUUCCCGUGCCUGAAGAAGGCGGAGGGCAGCAGCAAACCCCACUGCCUGGGGAAGACAAAAGGCAGGACCCACCCUGACAUCGACCAGGAGGUGGUGCAGAGACUGCGGGACUUCUACCGGCCCUUCAACAUGAAGUUCUACCAGAUGACAGGGCAGGACUUCGGCUGGGACUGAGCCUGGCAUGGGAAAGUCCCCUGUUAUUACUUGCCCAGCACGGUUUGCUUAUAUAAAGAGAUAUAUAUGUAUGUAAAAUGUACAGAAAUCUAUUUUAUAAUAAUUUAUUUUUAAUUCCUAAGCAAUUAAUUCACUAAGCUGCCUAACCACACUGGCUAGAACGGUAGCCUGUAACCUGUUUAACAUUCCAUGGUGUUUAAUUCCAAUGUCUCUACUUUCUUUGUUUUUUUGCCCUUCUUCUUUCUCUUUGGUUUGGUUUGUAACAGACAGUGCUUCCAUUUUUCCUAAACAAAAUUUGUAUUUAAAAAUCAAAAGAAGGGAGGGAGGGAAAGCACAAGUUUAUUUUUGUUACGGGUAUCUGGCCUUUAUAAACACUUGCUUUCCCUAUUCCAGUGUCCCAGUCUCUGCUCCGCUGUGUGCUCCCUCAUCCCACAGUUUUCUGGUUAGUUCCAUGGCCCCGGGGGGUGUUUCUCUGGGGUGGGUGGGAGGAAGGCUGGGCAUUCCUGCACCCCACAUACCUCUGCUGAGCAGCAGCAAGUUUUCCCAGUGGCUGUAAGCGUGGGAACCCCAAGCCAAGGGCUCCUGCUCAGGAGUGCCAGGAGGGCAAUGUGCUCUUUUUCCAGCAGAGAAGCUGCAGAGCUUAUUGCAUGGGCAGAGCUCUCCUCGGUACAGUUUUCCUUCCUGCUUUUUGUCCAGGAGGUUCUUUCCCACAAUCCCUCUAUGCAUUUAAAAUAUUUACUGCAGGACAAAUGUAAAACGCUGUGUCUGUGUGCGACAUGUGUGGUGCUGGUCAGAGUGGCUUGCAGAAAGUGUUGCUCCAGGAACACCCAUGCACACCAGGCACUGCUGGGAGAUGGCAGUGCCUGCAGCACGUGGAGCACCCUCCACCCACCAAAGACACCAGCAGAACCACUGGCACAGGCACUGUUAUCUCCAGCCCCACGGCCACCGCAGCACCUCCCAGUACGUGAGACUGGGGAACAUCACCCUUAGCCCUCUUCAUUCCCAGCUGUUUUUGGUCCAGCACCCUAUCUGUGGUCACUCCCAAGGAGCAUCAUUUGCUUAGAGCCAGGGCGAAGUGCUGCUUUACCAACAAAGGUGAAUCUGUAGGAAGGCAGGGGGGAAUCUGGGCACACUGGGGUUGGUGUUUUCCUGGCACUCCCUGGGUGCCCUGGCUGAGCACAGGGGCAGUAGCCAGGCAGGACAGGAGGCUCCAAACAUGUAACCAUUAACCUGAAUGAAAUCCUUUUCCUCAGGUGUAAGAACUUGCUGUGGGACUCCAGGACAGGUUAGGUGGGCUGUCCUGAGAGCUCUGCCAGUGUUUUAUGAGCUCAGGAGGUCCUGAUAAGCACUGUGUGUGUCCGAAGCCUUAUCACUGCUGGCAGAGGUUCUGCCAGCUUGAUUGGAACACUUUCAGAGCAAGGUGGCAGCAGAAGUGAUUUUCUAUUAAAUGUUUAACAGAAAGAGAGCUAUGAUGUCUUUGGGCAGCAGAACUCCCCACCCCUCAUCUGCAGCCCUGAAAUGAUGCACUGCACCGAGCAUCUCCUGAUGUUGCUGUGGGAGCACUCCCAGAGGCAGCGUGAGCGGAACUGGGAACAGCAAAAGCAUCAAAGGGCAGAACAUCUAACUUCAUAUGCAUUAUGUAUAGAAAUCCAUGCCCUGCACCUCUCCAUAGUUACCCAUAGCUCCCCCUUGGAGCUGCCCAUUGCAGCUGUACCCAGCUGUGGUGGGGCCCAUUCAGUGGUGUUUCCCAAAUGUUUGUUUUACUUUUGCAGCCUUCUGACUCUUGCCUGCCCCUUCCAUCUCUCUGCUGUGGCUGUUGGGUGAUGAAAAUGUUCCUCAGAGCCUGGGCUGCUCUGUCUGAGUCUUGAUCUAGUCCUGCUCCAGCAGACAGAGCAAGGAGCAGCAGGGCUCUGGGUCUGCUGCAGGUGCCAGGGAGCUGACCUUCAGAGCUUUGUUUAAACCUGAGGGCUUUUGGCCUGCUCAGCAGUGUCACACCUCCAGAGGGAUUUAGGGACUCGCAGCACCGUGUGUGGUCUCACACUUGGGGUGCAGUGCACGUGGGUGACCUCAAGGAAAGGGAGAUUUUAAGCAUAAAAUCAGGUUGAGCUGCCUACAAAGCUGCUGUGAGCAGGAUCCAAAUCCCUCCUUGGGCUUUGCCUCCAAACACAUCUUCCCACAAACAGGGAAGUUCUCCUUCUUGCCCUGAGCCAUUUCUAGUGAAGAAAUUACACUUUGGGCCAAUGCAGUCUGACUUCAGAGGGUUCAGGUGGGAUGUGGGACCUGCUAGGCUCUGCAGGCUGAUAGCCCCUGCUUUCCCUCUGUCCUGCAAAAUCCAGCUGCAGGCCUGAGCAGCUGGGUGGAUCUAUGCACUUUUGCGGGGAUUGGCUUCAACUGCAGGCACUAAGAAAAUACUUCCUGGUGGAAAAACAAGUGAUUUUUUGUUCUCAGAACCUCAGUCUUCCUUCUAGCAGCUUAUGCAAUGCAUGGAAAGAAGCUUGACCUCUCCACUUGGCCCUUGGAUGAGCUCCCAGCCGUGGCUGUGCCACCUCCCAGAGUGUUUCACUGGUAGAGCCUCCAGGACCUGAGUGUUGGCAUGGGCUCCUUUCCAGGUGCUUCCCCCCGGAGUGGGUGCCGGCUGCUCAAUACCCGAAGAGUUUUGCAUCCCCUACGUCUUCCUCGCUUUCCUGGAAACAAGUCUUUAAUAUCCCAACGCCUUCCUCAGCUGUACAGCAGAGUGUGGGCUUAAUUUGUAUAAUCAAGCCCUGCUGCAAAGAACUCUUGUGGAGCAAAUUUGUUGGAGAGUGGAAAUACAGAGAGUGAGGAAUAACUCUUCUAACUAUAAGCAAAUUGUCUCAAUAUCCUUAAUAAUGAAGUCUGCACUAGACUUUCAAUGUAAAAAAGCCUUACCUAACAAAUAUGACAAUGAAGGUGACUUCUCUGUGGUGUUCAUAUGGUUGCUAAUAUUGGAAUCAGUGCAUUUUUUUUUAAUAACCCCCCCUUAUUUUUUUCAAUUAAGUUUGGAGGUGUGAUUAGAAGUUUGGUUGGUUGAUUUUUUUUUUCACAUUGUAACAUUAAUUUAUGGCUGAGUUUCAUUCAGUCCUGUAUUCUGAAGUGCAGUAUAGCUAUUAGUGAUGUGUUGUCUGAAACAUGGUUCUAUAGUGUAGUAGCCAAUUUGUAAAAAAAAAAAAAAGAACAAAA